CCUUCACGAUGCGGACCCUUUCGAGUGCCCUUUGGAUGGCACUUUGGGGACUGGCGCGCCUUUGGGCUGGUGCCCAAGCGGGCUGCUCAGAAGUGGGGCGGUGCUGCCCUGGGCGGGACCCCACCUGCUUUGGCCGGGGCUGGAGGCUGGACAGGGUCUAUGGGACGUGCUAUUGCGACCAAGCGUGUCAGCUCACUGGGGACUGCUGCUUCGACUACUCCAGGGCGUGCCCAGCUCGCCCAUGCAUUGUGGGAGAAUGGAGUUCCUGGAGCAGUUGUACAGACCAGUGCAAACCGGCAACACGUGUGCGGAGACGUUAUGUGCAGCAAGAACCUCAGAAUGGUGGGGAGCCUUGCCCCCACCUUGAAGAGAAAGCAGGCUGUCUGGAAUAUACAACUUCCCAUGGACAAGAUUGUGGACAUUCAUAUGUGCCUGCUUUUAUCACUACCUCUGCAUACAACAAGGAGAGAAAAAGACAGGUGGUAUCUCCACAGUGGUCUGCAGACACAGGGGAUGCUGGAUAUUGUAUGGAGUUCAAGACAGAAUCCUUGACUCAUUAUUGUGCUAUGGAAAAUCGACCCCUGACCCGUUGGAUGCAGUACCUUCGAGAGGGUUAUACUGUGUGUGUAGAUUGCCAGCCUCCAGCCAUGAAUACUGUGAAUCUUCGUUGUUCUGGAGACGGCCUGGAUUCUGAUGGAAAUCAAACUCUUCAUUGGCAAGCUAUUGGUAAUCCUCGAUGUCAAGGAACAUGGAAAAAAGUUCGGCGAGUAGACCAUUGCUCCUGCCCAGCUGUGCACAGUUUCAUUUUUAUUUAGAGCUUAAGCAAUUUAAAAAAAAAUUGUGGAUGUUUUUAAUAACAUAAAGAACAUUUAACACAUUUCACAAACCACAAAAAAAUUAUCUGUUGUGUGUGCUAAACAUUUAAUUGUCAUGCUUUGAAGAAAAUAAAAGAAUAAAGAAGGGAAAUGUGGCAUAGAAUCCACGUCUCAAAGUAGGCGACUAUCCCACAUGACUGCUGUUGUUCAGUUGGAGUAAAAGUCUAUGCUAGGUCUCUUCCUUCUGUGGGAUGCCCUCAGAGACACACGUGACAUAUAUUUGUAUUGCAUUGAAACUAUUGUCUCCAUAUCCACAAGGGUAUCUUAUACUUCAAGUCAUGAUAAGAUUUUUUUUUCCCAUGUCAAAAAUCUCAUUUGGGUUUCCUAAAUCAUUAUUUUCUACUGAAUAUUGUUCUUAUUCUCAAAAACUUUUCAGACAGAUUAAGUUAAUUUUUCAUUAGCACUUUAUAACAACAAUUGCUCCUCCAAUAAAGUUUUCAGUGCAGGAAGUAAAAGGAGACUAAUGACUGGUAGACAAAAGCAAUCCAAUGUUAAUUUGAAGGUCAAUAGAAUGUACUUUUAAUACUGAGUCAAGAAAACUUAGGAGUGGAAUAAUUAUGUUGUUUAUAGAAUUUCACUCCUAUUAGUAUCCAAGAAACAGUUCAACUCUAAGAAUUAAGUGUCUUGAAAAUAUCUCAGAACUCUUUCAGGGAGAAUUUAAACCAUGGGACCUUGCUUAUUGAUGUGAUUGUUUUAUCAUUAAAAAUUUGAAAAGAUACUGUUUAAAA